CGAGAACUGUGUACAAAAAAAUUAAAUAAUUAAUUCUGUCGGGUCCUGAACAUUUGGAAGAUACCUAUAUAAAGGCUGAGGCGAAAAUUAUAUGCCAGACAGAUAUUAGCUGCCCAAAUAACCCACACAAUAUGAAAUUCCUAGUCGUACUCGCCCUCGUGGCCUGCGCCGCAGCCGACGUACCCCACGUCCUCUCCCCCGACUACGAGUCCCCCAUCGUCAAGUCGACCUACGAGAUCAGUCCCGAUGGAAAUGCGUUCCAGUACGCGUAUGAAACCGGCAACCAAAUCUCCGCCCAGGCUGCUGGUGCUUUCAUUAACACUGCAGAGGGACCCGCUUUGGAAGUGAAGGGAGCGUACGACUACAUCGCUCCCGACGGCACUCCCGUGCACACCACAUACGUCGCUAACGAUCAGGGAUACGUUGCAACUGGUAGCCACAUCCCCUCCGUGCCAGAAGCGAUCGUCCGUUCUCUUGAAUACAUCAGGGCCCACGCUCCAGUCCCAGAACGCGUCUACAAACCCUAAGUAACCCUUAGACAACUGACUCUAGACCCUAGACCCUGGACCCUUUUUUUAAGUAAACAAACGUAAUAUUGGCAUUAACCUAAAACUGUCACUUCUAAAGGACCUUGCACAUUAUGAAGUCAAAUCGACCAAUGAAAAUCAAGAUGGAUUUGUGCGUUUAUUCAAUGUUACGUUUGAUUAAAAACUAAGCUUUAUUCUUGAAUUUCCUGUUGCAUAUAACGUUCGAUGGACUAGCGAUUUUAUGUUUUUGUUUUUAUUUUGGUUUUGUGUUUAGUGUUGACAAAUGUAAGAUAACUAGUUGCAAUAAAUUGUGAUAUCAAUUG